UCGUCAGUGGAUUUCCCGAUCAGCACUAACUAACACCGAACUUUCUAUUUCCAGCAAAUCAACGAUCUCUCUAGCAAUAAGCAGGAAUAGACAACCUCCUGUCCAACCAGUGAAACGACAAGAGGCGGACAGCACAAGCAAUGCUCUGCAGAAGACAUCCCGCGUCAUACGUGAACCAUCCCCGCACGUCCUAAUGCACAAGAGAAGUCCUUCGAACGGGUCGGCCAUGUUUGAAGUUUGCUGCAAGGCAUACUCCCGGCUUGAGAACCUCAAAACCCAUCUGCGAUCACACACCGGCGAAAAGCCGUACACCGGCGAGUAUCCGGGUUGUAGCAAGGCGUUCAACAACGUGUCCGACCAUGCAAAACACCAGAACCGCACCUACAGCAUUGCGAAUUACUACGUCUGCAAAGCCCCUGUUUGUAGCAAGCGCUACACCAAUCCGGACACGUAG